AUGCUUUUUGCCGACUAUUUAUCAUUAGACGGGAACGAAUGGAUUGCCACCACAAUUAAAGUUGAGGCAAAAGUACCGGGAAGUAUAUACUCGGACCUCAGGAGAGCACAGGUCCUCAAACAGGACUUAUUGUAUGAGAAAAAUGAUGUCAACUAUCGAUGGGUUGCUUACGAUAACUGGACAUAUGAGCGCACAUUCACUGUGGAUUCAACAUUACUAAACAAGAAAACAGUGAAUUUAUUGGUCAAUGGUAUCGACACAGUUAGCAGUGUUUAUAUUAACGACCAAUUAAUCGGCAAAACAGACAAUCAGUUUGUGAGAUAUGUCUGGGAUGUGAAGAAAGUGUUAAAAUCGGGACAAAACACAAUACGACUGGCCUUUCAAUCGGCGCCUUUGUAUGGGAAACAAGAAUCGGAAAACUUUUUCAAUAAAUACAAAUAUAACGUUAGGCCCCCAUGUAAUGGUGGCGAUGCCGCCCACGGAGAGUGUCAUGCUAAUUUUAUCCGCAAAAUGCAAGCAUCGUAUAGUUGGGAUUGGGGCCCGGCGUUCCCAACACAGGGUAUUUGGCAGCCCAUAGGCAUUGAGGCUUUCGAUGGCAUUCUUAUCAGAGAUAUCACUAUUGAGACGAUUCCCGACCCGAAGAAUGCCAGUCAAUGGACACUAACUGUUAAUGCAUUCUUAGAGUCGGCACCAAAACAACAAAUGGAUGGCAUUUUGGACAUUAAAUUAGAUAAUAAUGUUUUGAUUAAUAAACAAAAACAAACGAUUGAAACCGAUGGUCAGGGAAAGGCCAAAAUGCUGAUUGUCAUCUUUAUCACUGACAUCCAAAUCAUCACUUGGUAUCCAAACGGUGUUUCAGACAAUACACAGAAGUUAUAUCAACUCAAUGUCCAAAUAGAUGUCAAUAAAGAAGUUUCGACACAAACCAAAAAAAUUGGUUUCCGAACCAUUAAACUGAUCCAAAAUCCCGUAAAACCCGAAGGCCUCACCUUUUACUUCGAGGUAAACUCAAAGCCCUUUUACGCGAAGGGAUCGAAUUGGAUCCCAACCAAUGUCCUGAUGGAAGACAUCACUCCCGAGUACUUAAGACAUCUCUUGGGAUCAGCUAAACGUGCGAACAUGAAUAUGAUGAGAGUGUGGGGCGGAGGGGUGUAUGAGUCGGACCUGUUCUACGAGUUGGCCGACGAGUACGGGAUUAUGAUUUGGCAAGACUUCAUGUUUGCCUGUGCUUUAUAUCCGGCCCACAAAGAGUUCUUGGAUUCAGUUAACAAUGAGGUGAUCACUCAAGUCAGGCGUAUUCAACACCACCCAUCCAUCGCUAUUUGGUCCGGUAACAACGAGAAUGAGUACGCAUUGAAAUAUUGGUGGUAUGACGUGAAGAACUAUUGGCCAGACUAUAGGGCCCUAUAUGUGGACACAAUCGGCAAAACACUGGCCGCAGAGGACACUACCCGUCCGUACGUGUCUUCGAGUCCGUCCAACGGUUUGGAGACAAUCAAAGAGAACUACACCUCUAGUAAACCGGAUGACGAA